UGCCACGUGAGAAAAAGGCGCGGACUUGUUUACCAAAGCACAGGCAGCGGGAACGCUGUCAGAAGAUGUUCUCAAAUUUCCACGAAUCAAAACCCUAAUCGAUCGCAUCGAAGCUAGUGAUCUCCCCGUCUUCACUCUGGCAGCAGCCGAGAAUCCCCAAUUUCGCAGCGCCUUCGAUGAUGGCGGCGAGCUGGAGCUUCUCGGGAAUCACCGCAGUGGCGGCGUGCGCUGCAAUGGCGGUCUUGUACGUCGCGAUCCUCUACUCGCCGACUCUCCUUCUUCGCCUCCCGCCUCCGACCUCCAUCGAGAGCUUCAUGCUCCGCCGCUUCGCCUGCGCUGUCGUCUCCUCCCUCAUCUCCCUUGUUUUCUCCUCUUUCCUUCUUGGUGUUGGGGAUUUUAAGGAAUUGCCGGUUAUCUUGAAUGUUUAUGGCAUUAGAAGUGAUCAUGCUUGGCAAGCUGUGGCCUUUCCUCUUCUCUUGACUGGGCUCUUAUACACCGGGUCAUUUGUAUCAAGGGUUCUGUUGUUCAUUCAUGCAUGGAAAGGAAGUAGAGACGGCUUGUCAUUUGGGGCUUGCUUAUGUGGUAUAGUUGAAAGAUGCAUACAUGGGGCACGCUCUUCGGCCAGUGAUGUGUUGAAUUGGCGCAAUUAUGUAGUGGCACCAAUAACGGAAGAGUUGGUGUUUAGGGCAUGCAUGAUACCCUUGCUUCUUUGUGGUGGACUCACAGCUUACAGCAUCACGUUUUUCAGCCCAAUUUUCUUCAGCUUAGCACACUUGAACCAUUUUCUGGAGCUUUAUUAUCAACAGAGAUAUAACUUUUGGAAGGCAUUCCUAAUUGUAGGUAACCAACUUGGUUAUACGAUAAUAUUUGGGUGGUAUGCAUCCUUUCUCUUCAUUCGAACAGGGAACGUAGUAGCUCCGAUUGUUGCUCAUAUAUUUUGUAAUAUGAUGGGUUUGCCUGUAUUUUCUUCGGCCCGAGGAAAAGGAAUAGUGGCAUUCUCAUUUGCAGUUGGCGUGGUAGGUUUCUUCAAGCUUCUUUUCCCAGCCACCAGGCCAGACCUAUUCAAUGACAAAACCGAUGAUUGUAGCUGUUGGCAUGGAUACUGCAAUUGGUAACCGAACUGGAGAAAUGCUCCUUAAAUUGUGACAUAAUCAAAUGAACAACCCAUUGAACUUCUCUCUUCUUGCUCUUUCUGAAUAUUGUGUACCCAGAUCUUCAAUUCUAAUUGAAGAUUCGAUAUUUGCAAACCAAUUAUCAAUUCGAUGAUCAUCAGUUUGCACGUCUUGCUCUGCUGACCAAUCAUCAAUCUUAUAUCAUGUACAAAGAGUUACUUCAAUGCUUCAUCCUAAUAAUCCCCAGAUUUAAUCAAACGAACUUACUAUAACAAGAGAGUCCAUGGAUCUGUGAAAAAAUGCCCAGAUUUAAUGUGAGCCGUUAUUUUAGACAUGAUAAACGGCUCUGAUCCACUGAAAUCGUGACCCUUUUGCCACACUCUUUUUGUUAGCCGUGAUGAACGGUGCAGAUUGAAAACUUGAAAACUCUCAAAACGAAACGAACGGUCAAGAUUUAACCUUGGUGGCAGGGCGGCGCUUUCAUUUCCCUCCCUCUUUUGUCCGCGAAGAGGAAUGAAUAAUGAAUACUUCAUCGAUGAACUUCUCUUCUCUCUCGUUUUCCCCAGCUUCUCUCCAAUGUCUCCAUCCAGGUUCGGAUCCCUACACAAUUCUCAUUCUUCAAUGUCUCCAAUUAGAUCUAAACUUUAGAACUUUUGAUGUUUUGUAUGUGCUAGACUUUGAAGUAUA